AUUUCGUCGGAAUACACACACACACACACACACACACACACACAUAUAUAUAUAUAUAUAUACCCGUAAUUUCCAACCCAGAGACACACUCAAAACCGAGCCCUGAAAACACUUCCCAGACCUCCCCCUUCGUGAGAGGAAUCCAACGGAGAAAGAAUCGUUGAAAACGGUCGUGAAACGAGGGAGAAAAGUUUCACCGGAGUUUCGCCGGGCAAACUUUCACGACGGGAAACAGAGAAGAGGGAGGAGCUUCCGCUGCCGCCAACCCAUCACCGACCUUCGCCGUCCCAGAAGGAGUGCACCGCCACCGUCGUUGGCCGCGUUCAUCGAGGUGAUUAUUUAGAGACCGGAGUAGAAGAAGAGAAUUAGGAUCACCCGGACUAGAGAAACAUGCCGCCAAGAAGAAACCCCCAUGCAACCCCAACUGUUGAGGAGUUGGCUCAAACUAUUCAGCAGAUGGCGCAACACAUUGGAGCAGCUCAAACCCAUAACCAAGGGGUUGACUAUGCGACGCGCGUGGCCGGAAGGAACCCCCCAAAAUACCUGGGGGAGGAGGAUCAUCUGAUUUUAGAAGACUGGAUCUGAACCUUCGACAAGCUCUUUGAUUCGCUCAACUGCCCGUUGGAGCAGCGGGUAAACAUAGCGGUGUACUACUUGCACCAAGAGGCGGAUCAUUGGUGGGCUGCCACCGGAUCAACCCUGCUCGAGCAACCGAGAUUUUGUUGGGAAGACUUCAAGAUAGCCCUACGCGACCGUUUCUAUCCGGACCAUGUGAAAGAGGCAAACUAUGAUGAGUUUGUCAACUUCAAGCAAGGAGAUUUAACUGUCCAAGAGUACCACACGAAGUUUGUCCAACUGGCCCGCUUCACCAAAGAGCUGAUAUCCACUGAGGCCAGCAUGACCCGAAGGUUUGUGACUGGGCUGAACUUUGGCGCCCAAAAGUUCGUAACCGUGACAGAGCCGCGGAACAUGAAUGAGGCGUACCGGAAAGCUGGGAAGUACUACAUGGUACAUCAGAAGGAGAGGGAGGCGCAGAAGAGAGACCGGAAGAUUGCCGAGGUAGAACAGCAGCAAAAGAAGGCCCGAACUGACCGCCCAGAGCCAAGACAAAACAACCAAAAUGGUAGAACCUUCCAAGGCCAGGGUCAGGGAAGGAAUCAGCCCGCUCAUGUACGGCACUACAAAUGCAAACUGUGCCCAAACAACCAUCCCGGGAAGGAUUGUGCGGGAAAUGCGGUGAGAUGUUACAACUGUAAUCUCAUGGGACAUCGGGCAUAUGAGUGCCGGAAACCUCCGAGCCAGGGUCAAAACCAAGGGAACAACCAAACUGGGGGCGGGAUUAAUCACGCUAACACCAACCGUGGUAAUCCCGGUAAUCGCCCAGCGGAGGCUAACCGAAACCAAGGCCCGGGAGGGCAAAACAACACUCAAGGCCGCAUCUACGUCAUGAACCAGGCUCAAGCAAAUGCACACGAUGUGGUGUCAGGUACCUUUCUUGUAAACUCCAAACCUGCUUAUGUGCUGUUUGAUUCAGGUGCAUCCCACAUCUUCAUAGCAUCAAAAUUCGUGGAAAGGACGAAGCUAAAACCUACCACUAAGCUUAGUCUUAACGUAAAAACGGCCUCCAACCAAGUGGUGGCAUGUGGGAGUGUUUUCUCUAACGUUCCCAUAGUCAUAUCCGAUACCGAACUACCCGGAGAUCUAAUCCAAUUUGACCUGGAGGAUAUCGACGUGGUGUUGGGUAUGGACUGGAUAGGGAAAUAUAAAGCCAAAAUCCUAUGCGACGAGCAGAAAGUGGUCUUGAGAGGACCCAAUAAAAAACGUGUAUCCUACAAAGCAGUUACAUCUAAACCGGGAGUGAAGCUAGCAACCAUGCAACAAGUCAAACGAUAUGUCCGAAAGGGGUAUGAAGUUUACUUGUGCAGGAUCAAAGACUUGACCUCCGAGGAUCCGACCAUUGAUAAAAUCCCGGUGGUCAAUGAGUUUCCGGAUGUAUUUCCAGAAGAGAUUCCGGGGAUGCCACCGGAGAGGGAAGUCGAGUUUUCAAUCGACCUUCUGGCGGGCACCGCACCCAUCUCAAAGGCACCAUACCGAAUGGCACCGAAGGAAAUGCAAGAACUGAAGGAACAACUCGAAGAAUUAUUGGAGAAAGGCUACAUCAAACCGAGUAUCUCACCUUGGGGUGCUCCGGUCUUGUUUGUGAAGAAGAAGGAUGGGAGUCUGAGACUCUGCAUUGACUAUAGAGAGCUGAACAAAGCAACCAUCAAGAACAAAUACAUGCUGCCUCGCAUUGAUGACCUCUUUGAUCAACUGAGGGGAGCUAGCACGUUUUCCAAAGUUGAUUUGAGAUCCGGGUACCAUCAAGUGAGGAUUUCUGAGAAAGAUGUCCCGAAGACGGCCUUUCGAACGAGGUACGGACACUAUGAGUUCACCGUAAUGCCGUUUGGCCUCACAAAUGCACCUGCGGUAUUUAUGGAUCUCAUGAACCGUGUGUUCCGACCCUACCUCGAUCUCUUCAUUGUGGUGUUCAUUGACGACAUCCUGGUGUACUCCAAGACUCCAACCGAGCAUGAAGAACAUCUGAGGAUAGCACUGCAAACUUUGAGAGAGAAUCAGCUAUAUGCCAAACUCUCAAGAUUUACACCGGUACUGAAGGGUUCGAGAUUAACACCGAUGCUUGUUUAAAGGGGUUGGGUUGCGUAUUGAUGCAAAACGGCAAAGUGGUGGCAUAUGCAUCAAGGCAACUAAAGACACAUGAGGUCAACUAUCCGACUCAUGACUUAGAACUGGCAGCGGUUAUCUUUGCUCUAAAGCUGUGGAGGCACUAUCUCUAUGGGGUACACUGUAAAGUUUACACCGAUCACAAGAGCUUGAAGUACAUCUUCACCCAAAAGGAGCUUAACAUGAGACAGAGACGUUGGCUAGAACUCGUCAAAGACUAUGACUUGGAGAUCCAAUACCAUGAAGGCAAAGCAAACGUAGUUGUCGAUGCGCUGAGCCGGAAAUCAACCCACUCCUUCAAAGCAGAAUGGGUACUACCUGAUGAACUUUACCGGGACUUUCAAAAACUAGACUUGGAAGUUCGGGAUUUCGGAGAGGUAGAGCGGGAAACACGGUUACUCACCAUGACCGUUACCCCAUCUAUCUUCGACGAAAUUCGUGAAGGGUAGCCUGGAGACAUAAAGCUAGAUCGAAUCCGAGCAGGUAUGACAAAUGGCGUGAACGGUCCGUUCAAACUGCACGAAGACGGGAGCAUUCGACACAAAGGAAGGUGGUGUAUCCCGAUGAAAUGUGAAGAACUUAAAAGGAAAAUUCUGGAGGAAGGGCACAACACGCCUUACUCGGUACACCCUGGGGGCGAUAAACUCUACAAAGACAUCAAAAAGAAUUUUUGGUGGCCAAAGAUGAAGAAAGAGGUAGCCGAGUUCGUGGCCCGAUGCUUAAACUGUCAGAAGGUGAAAGCCGAACGUUGCAAGCCCAAGGGACUCGUACAAUCCUUGGAAGUACCAAAGUGGAAGUGGGAUUCCAUCUCCAUGGACUUUGUUGGGGGCUUACCCCUAACCAAGUCUGGCAAAGACAAGGUUUGGGUCAUAGUUGAUCGGUUAACAAAGACCGCUCGCUUUAUCCCAAUGAACGAAACUUGGAGCAUGGAGAAAUUAGCCCGAGCUUACAUCAAACACGUGGUUAAGUACCAUGGAGUUCCACAAGACAUCGUUUCUGACCGUGAUUCUAGAUUUCUAUCUCAAUUCUGGAAGGAAUUGCAAGCCGCCAUGGGGACGAAGCUGAAGCUGAGUACUGCCUUUCACCCGAUGACCGAUGGACAAACGGAACGAACCAUCCAAACACUCGAGGACAUGCUGAGAGCAUGUAUGUUAGACCUACAAGGAUCGUGGGACGAACACUUAGACUUAAUAGAGUUUUCAUACAACAAUAGCUACCACGUCAGUAUCAAAAUGGCCCCGUACGAAGCUCUAUAUGGUCAAAAGUGUAGAAGCCCACUAUGUAACACCCCUAAAUUUCCCGCCCAAAACAUUGAUAUAUUUAAAAGAAAUACUUUAUUCAUUCAUCAAAGAGUUGAAGAAAUACAACGGAAGUCUAAUAGGGAAAUGAGUGUUACCGCCACAUUCGGUCAUCUCUUAACCGAAUGCACAGGCAACUCAAAGUAAAACAAUAAAAACUAAUGUAAUAAUAAGUAAAUGUUUGUUUUAUGACUAGAUUUAACUAAGGCAUCUUCUAAUUCG